AACACUGCAUAAGGAGUUCUAAGUUUUGUUCAAUUAAAUAAAAAUUUUGUGAUUUUGCUGUUGAAUUGUUUAUGGUGUAAGUGUGAUGAAAGUGUUCUUAAUAAUGAAGCUAAAAAGGCAAGACAAAUGGGCUAACUAGAGUGAGUGCAACUGUAGACUAAGUAGACUGUGAACUCAGAGAGAGGGUAAAAAUAUUUUAACGAACCUUUUUGGGUAAUUGUUUGGGGGGGAGAUGGAAAAUUGAGACAAACUGAUGUCCUGAAAACAUUACUUUGUUGUACAGGAGAGUAAAUACUUCCAUCAAAUAUGGGUGCGCCAGACAAACCUAUGUGUAUCUCAUAUUAAUAUAAUAAAUAAAUAUUAUUUGAAGUUAAUUUCAUUUUAAUUUGGAAAUUCCACUUCAUAAAGGCAUUAAAAGAUAACUUUGCACAAAGGUGACAGCAUUGCAUGUGUAAAUCUAGUUUAAUAAUUGUACUGUAUUUUAAUGGAAAUUAUGCUAUGUCUUUGAUAAUAAAUUGCUUCUACAAUUCUGUAUUUUAAAAAUGAGUGCUAGCAAAAUACAUUUUAGUCUUUUGUAUAUUUUUCAAGGCACAUGUUCUCGUGAAGGUUGUAAAAGACCUAGAGCUCGCAAUUGCAGAACUGGAGAAAUACAUGAAUUUUGUUCCCUGACAUGCAAGCACUGGGAAAUUAUAAAACCUCCUGAUUCUAAAACUUUUGAAGCUGGCAUAGAUCCUGCUAUGGACAUGCUUAUUGCUCUUGAAAUGUCUAAAUUGCAGCUGCUAGAAAAAUGCAGUGAAUAUUCAAAUGGAGACGAAAGUGCAGUGGAUGCUACAUUUGGGAAUUCUGCUGAGUUUACUGAACAAGAAGGGAUAUCUGAAUCUACAAAUUUGGAAACUUCUGAGAAAUCUGCAAAUUUUUCUGCAGAAUUUGGACUUGAACAAAAUUCAGAUGUUCACCAUGAUUCGGUGCAUGAACAUGUCUCUGAUUCAUAUUCAGAUAUAAAAGAUGUAGAAUUGGUUGAGUAUGAUUCACAGAAAAGUGCAAUAAAUUUUUAUUUAAAAAAUUCAUGCUGUGAUGAUUCUAAAAACAUUAAUGUAAAUUCUGAUAUUAAUGAUUCUAAAACAGAAAAGGAACUGUUCAAAAUGCUGCAAAGGACAGCCGAAAAUGAAAACGAAAAUUUCACGUGUAAAACCAAAGAAGAGACACAUUGCAACUGACUUUAAACAGCUUUUAUCCUGUUUUAUAACCAGUUUAUCAAAAGAAGCAAAAUUUGUUAUGUAUUUCCCAACUUUACAAAAAUCAAUUUGUUUGCAUUUCAUGUUCAAAGUAUUUUUUUCAUGAUCAAGUCACUGUAGUAUUAUUAAUUUUUAUUUUACUGUAUUAAAUGUAGUAUAUUUUUAUUGGAUUAUUGUUACUUGAUUAUGAAAAAUAAGUUAUGGCAAUAACUAUUGUGUUGUAUUUUAGAUUAAAAGAAAUGUGAUUUUAUAGUUUAGAGUAAAAAAGAUAUGAUAAAAAUUGAGAGACCUAAUAUUAAAAUCUUAUGCAUAUGAAAUGUUAAGUAAUUAAAUUACAUUGCAAAAUUUAAAAAAAAUAUAUUUUAAAAUUUAAAAAUCAUUAAAUAUUAAAAUUUUGAGGGGUUAUUUAUUUAAAUUUUUUAGUUCGUUCUGGGAACAGUGUGCCAGAAUAUGUUUCAUGCUACUUAAAACAUGAAAUUUCAGAUGCAUUUUUUUUUUUUUUUUUUUUUUUAAUUAGAAGUGAUAAAGGACAGCUUAAUACAUUUGAAUGCUCUAGGCCUGUCUUGCUGAAAUUUCUGUUAUAUUUAUUUUACUUACAUUUCAAUUAUUCCUACACAUUUACCUGUUAGAUCAACUUUUAAUAACUUUGAUAUGCGUAUAUUUGUAAAUAGAUUUCACUUUAGAUUUUCCUGUUUGUUUGCAAUGUAAAAUUGUAGUAAAUAGAUUUAUUUCACUGUAGAUAUUUCUAUGUUAUUCACAAUUUAAAAUUGAAAGUAUCUCUAAGCUUCUCCCUAAAAUAGAGCACUGCCAAAAAUUAAAAAAUAUUAUGUAAGUGUAUAAUUUUUCAAAGUUAUUACUCUCUCUCUCUCUCGCUAUUGAGCAGAGAGGUUCAACUUUUAAAUUUAUAGUAGAACAUGAUGCAUAUGCAAGCUUUUUUAAAAAUAAAUAUGCUGAUUUUAAUUCAAACUGUUAAUGUAUGUUAUUUUUUAAUGCUCAGCAGAAUUAUUUGUAUUGAUGUUUUAUGUUUGUAUUGAUUUGUUCUCAAAAGAAACUAAUACAUAACAUAUCUUUAAAACUUAAAAAAAAAUAUUUAAGUGAACAUAAAUAUUUAUUUUAUUAUAUAAAGCACAAGAAUAUGAAAGCUACAAGAGAUGUCUGCUUGUUUUUAUUGUAUUCAAAGAUAACUGUGUAAUUUUUUAUAAAUCAUUUUUUGAGGAAAAUUUUGAUAGCAAAUGAUUAAUACAAAUUGCACCUCCUAAGUAUGCCAAAUCUCAAUUUUUUUUACAGUUUUAUUUAUCAAUAAUUGUUUUAUAUAAUGUUGCCAACUUUUAUAUACAGUGUUUUAAAGGAAUCAAUAGAAUUUUUCUGAGUACUUUGAUAUAUGAAAAAUUUGUACUUUUCUAAUAUGUAAAUGUUGUUAAUAAUUUGUUAAAAUAUAUUACUAUGAAUUUAUAGCACAUUCAUGAACAGAAGAAAUUACUAUAAACAUUUCUUGUUUUUUUCUAAUUCCUAAAAUUUUAAAUUAUAAGAAGAAUUAGAAUAUUGUUUUUCAUGUAGAAACAGUAUUUUUGAUAGCUGUUCCAUUUUUUCAACAUUUUUAGUCUCUAUUUGAUUUUAUAAAUCAUCGAUCUGAUUGUUAUUGGUUUAAGCGAAUGAAUUUUUGUUUCUGUUAUAUGAUUAAUUGGUGACACUCCCAUUUUUCAGCAUUAGAUUAUUUAUAUUUAAUUUUAUAGAUCAUUAUAUGUGAUUAUUAUUGGUUUAAGCAUUUUUUCUGUUAUGUGAUUGGUUUCCAUAAACUUUUUGUUCACACCAAAAAUUUUUUUAAAAAGUAAUAAUAAUAAUUUGUGAUAUCAAUCCUAUGUAGAACUCAUAAAUAAUGCUAAUGCAGUUUUUUUAGCAAUCUAAUUUUGUUAUUUUGAGGAUUAAAACAUAUCUCCUAUAUGAUAUGCAUUUUACAUUGGUCUGCUAAUCAUGUUUUUAUACCAUUACACUUAUUUACAUAUAAAUUUUAAAGCAGACUUUUCCUUUUCCUACAUUUUUAGGAGACAAAUACAGAUAAGAAAUCUUCUAAGAUGCUGUUUUAUAGCAUAUAAUGUGUAGAUUAAUUUUGAAAAAACAAAUCCAGCAGUUCUAGUCCUCUGCUAUAUAUUGCAUAAUAAUUUUAUAAUUUUUAACCCUUCUGCUGCAAAGGUUUCAUUAAGAAACUCCAAGUUUCCAAACAUUGCAAUGAGAAAGAGGCACUUUGAAUGCCAAAAUGCCCUUGGUACUUCAUACCUGGAUUUAUAUACUUUUAAUAUAAUGCCUUAAUUUUUAGGACAUAUUUUAAGAUGUAUGAAUAUAUCAUUUCUUAAAGAUGUUAUCAAAAGUACUCUUUAAGUUGUAUAUACUGGUCAGAAGGUUAAUAUGUAUAUUAUUUCAGAAUUUUACAUAUUUCAUAAAGAGUAUAUUUUCAAGGCAUUUUUAUUAGAAAUAUUUGUCUUGUAGUAUGUUAGAUGAAUAAUAUUUGUUCCAUGUUAGAAAAUUAUUGCAUGUUACUGUUCAAAAUUUGAUAUUAACACGUUAAGUAUUCCCAAGUAACGAGAUGUAGAUUCAAAAGAUUUGUAUGAGUAAAUGCUAACAUUAAAUUUUUAUUUCUGCUUAAAAUUUUAAAUAAAAAUAGCUGUUAAAAUACGGUCCUCUGUAAAGCUGUUAAAAUUUUCAAAAUACACAAUUCUUUAUGCCAAUUGAAGAUUGUAAGUUAUAAUAGAUUGAAAUAAACAAUUUGCUUUAUUACAAUUAUAAAACUGUAAUAGUAAUAAAACAACUUAUUUAUUUCAAUAUGUUAUAUAAAAUAAGUGCUAGGAAAUAUAUUUCAGUAUUUUCUUUAGCAUUUGAUUUUUAAAUUAAAAAUACAAAUGACAAUUAUUUGAAAAUCAAUUACUUUUCAUCAACAGUGAUCAUGUAAGCUUUGAAGUUGAUACAGUUUUCUCUAGGAGAUCAUGUAAGUUCAGGUGAUUGCCAACUGUUAGCUUUCAGGCCAUGUGCAAUUGAUUUUUUUUUUUUUUUUUUUUUGCUUGCUUAGCAAAAUUUAUUUUUAUUGAUUUUAUUGUAUAUUUUCAUCAUUCUAAUUACAUAGGGCUAUCUUCAUUCAAAAAUUAUUUGAAAUUACUGCUGUAAGAAUCUUGGAAGGAAAAGGAAACUGGUCCAGACAUAUUUCUAAAAGUUUGGUGAGCCUCUAAGAUACAAUUUGGUCAUUUUGAGGGAAGAGAAGUAGGCUGCCACUAAAGUAAGUUAAUCUAGAGUUUACAAAAAAUAUUUAGAUUAUUUUUAAUGCUUAAGAAACAUAUUGCUGAAAAUUCUAUUUCAUAUAGAAAGAAAUACACCCAUAAAAUAGCUUAACAAUUUUACAUAGGAAAAAUUCUUUAUGAAAAAAAUUUAUUAGUGAGGAUGUAAGAUAAUGUAUAUAAAACAGAUAUUUAAAGUUCUAGGAGUCAGUUCAGAGGAAGACUGAGGUUUUGACAUAAUCACAAUUGUUAUCAUGUUGUCUAAUAUAACAAAAUCAAUAAUCACUGAAUUGAUGUAGAUAUAAAGAUACUUAUAUUUUUGUUAAAUUAGCAUUUAGUGUUUAUUAUGUAUGUGAUAUUAAGCAAUAUUUUGACCCAAACAUAAAAUCUCCGUAUCUUUCCACUGAUUUCAUACAUUAUUAUUUUGAGGAAGAUUAAAUUUUAUGCAUAUAUUUUUAGCAUAAUCUAUUAUCUUAAUAAUUUAGUUGAGUAAAUUUUUUAAAAUUGUGACAUCUGUUUAGGUUUUGACUGUAGUAAUAAAUUUAUAGUUUCAGAAAUAUUUUAUUUCUAUAUUUUAAUAAUUAAAUAGCCAUUGGGCAUUUGUUUUAAAUAUGACUUUUGAAAGCAAGUUUACUUUUUCAAAUUAAUGACAUAUCCAAAGUAAAAUAUGUUUUAGGUGAGAAGAAGUAGAUCAAAUGAUAUGCUGAAAAAUAUGUAAAUUCUUCCCUUUCCUUUCCAUAUCUUGACUUCAUCAUAUUGAUGUGAUUAGUGUUGGAACAAAUGUGCUGCAGUGAAGAUAUGUGUUUCUGCAUGUGGCUGUUUAAUGUUAUGAAUUUUUCUAUAGUUCUGUUUUAAAUCUCAAAUAUUGAAUUGAAAGAUGUGAAAAAAUAUUAUAUAAUUAUCAAAUUAAGCUGCAACUUAUUUAUUUAAGAUUAUGGCCUUUUCCUUGCAACCAUUGUUGUUAAUUGUAAAUAUGAAUGUUUGUAACAUUAUGCUGUUUUUCUUGUCUACUUUUGUAGGAUUAUGACAUAGCACCCUGAUUGUGGAAUUAUUUGUUGUCUUAUUUUUUAAAUGAAUUAAAGGAUAAAUUUACUGUUCCAUUUUCUAGUCUGAAGGUCUUCCUAAAGCAGCUACAAUUUCAGUUCUGUAUUUUGCUGAAUAAAUGUUGUUUGUUGUUUAUAUUCUAA